AUGUCCGGUCCUUUUACGAGCCCUUUUGGCGCCAAUACGAAUCCUUUCGGCAGCGAUCGAUCCCAAAACGAUGCCAUGCAUCGGGUCAUCGAGGAAGAGGAGCAAGAUACUGUCCCUUCCCCUACAGAUAGUCCCUUUGCCCCUGGAGCCACUGCCGGCUUUUCCAACGUCUUCGGCGGUGACGCCUCGGGGGAGACGCCUCCCACUGUUCGGUCACCGCCCAACCCAGAUAGCUAUCCGGCUCAAUACAACUUUAACAGAAGAACUUCUGUGUCAGCUGAAUCGCUCAAGCCCAGCGCCGACACAUACGAUAACUGGUCCCCGCCUUUUCACGAAAAGACACCGGAUCAGAUCAGCCGUUUAAAGCGCGCCAUUGAGGGAAACUUCCUCUUCAGCCAUCUAGACGAUGAGCAGAGCAGCCAGAUUCUUGGUGCUCUCGUGGAAAAACCGAUUCCCGUCAAGGACAUCAAGGUUAUUAGUCAAGGUGAUGCUGGUGACUAUUUCUACGUGGUCGAAAAGGGCUCUUUCGAUGUCUAUGUCAAUUCGACAGGUACCAUCGGACCGGGACCCGAGGGCAUGGGCAGCAAGGUUGGCAAUAUCGAGGCUGGUGGCUCCUUUGGUGAGCUUGCCCUCAUGUAUAAUGCUCCUCGCGCGGCAACUAUCGUUUCCGCCGAAGCAAACUGCACCUUAUGGGCCCUCGAUCGUGUCACAUUUCGCAGAAUCCUGAUGGAAUCUACUUUUGCCCGCCGACGCAUGUAUGAGAGCUUCCUCGAGGAGGUUCCCCUGCUUUCUUCGCUCACUCCUUAUGAGCGAUCCAAAAUCGCCGAUGCUCUUGAGACUCAAAAGUUUGCUCCUGGUGCUGUCAUUAUCAAAGAGGGCGAUCCUGGGUACUCCUUCUAUCUCUUGGAAGACGGUACCGCUGAUGCAUACAAGGGCGAUAUCAACAACAAGGUGCUGCAAUACAAAAAGGGCGAUUUCUUUGGCGAGCUGGCUCUGCUAAAUGAUGCCCCUCGAGCCGCUAGUGUUGUUGCCACGACGGAUGUCAAAGUAGCGACCCUUGGCAAGAAUGCCUUUCAGCGCCUCCUCGGUCCUGUGGAAGGCAUUUUGCGCCGCACGAAGUAUCAGGGAGUCAAGGCUGGCGUUGAGGAGAUGGACCCUCUGCACUGUGACUAA